CAGUUUGGUGAAAAGGGGAAGAAGCUGAACUAAAGCAGAGGAUUUAAAAAUCUGAGGUUAGCUACUAGAAGCCAGGGCUCUGUUUACAAUCACCACAACGCCUUGGGAAACUUGGGCUAUCCUGCCUCCUCCUCCCGGCCCCGCCCCCUCCGCUUCCGCCUCGAACUACAGUUCCCAGGCUUCCUUGCGCACACGCACAUUCUCAGGUAUUCAAGAUGGCCGACACAGCUGCAACUGCCGGAGCCGGUGGCUCAGGAGCGGUAAGGACCAGAGUCAGCGGGAUCAGGAAUGAGGACCAUGGGGGGUUAGCUCCUUGCCUCAGAAAAAGGAAGCAGUGCGAAGAUGGGACAGGGAGAACUUCGAAAUUUCCGCAAUGAGCGACUCCGGGCCGGGGUAAAGGCCUCAUCCUCUGGCGCACCCCUCCCCCAGCCUCACCGAGCCCUUGGCGACCGGAGUUCUCAAUUGGCUAGUUCCCAGUAGAAGGCGGGGAAUUCGGAGAAAGCGCCUAAUUGGCUCAAGCUGCCCUCCCUUCUCUCUUUAUUGGUCCUGUAGUUGGCCAAUCGAAAAAUAAACUGGUGGGGGAUUUAAAAGGACUUUCCGCGUGUUGUUUUUUUUUUUCUCUAAAAAGCUGGUUGCUAACCCUAUGAUAGCUGAGAAGAAGAUUUACUGUUGAUGUUUGCUUUUGACCCUACCAGUACUUUUUUCAUAAUAUCAGAGACCUUUUUAGCGGUUGGAGGGAACAUAGAGAGAUCAGGAAGCAAGCAGGCCUCCACCCCUGCAGACAACUACUAUUUGGCACGGAGGAGGACCCUUCAGGUAGUUGUGAGCUCCUUGCUGACGGAGGCUGGGUUUGAGAGUGCUGAGAAAGCAUCAGUGGAAACACUAACUGAGAUGUUACAAAGCUACCUUUCAGAAAUUGGGAGGAGCGCUAAAUCCUAUUGCGAGCACACAGCCAGGACACAGCCAACACUGUCAGACAUUGUGGUUACACUUGUUGAGAUGGGUUUCAAUGUGGAAACUCUCCCUGCGUAUGCAAAGCGAUCCCAGAGGAUGGUCAUCACAGCACCUCCAGUCACCAAUCAACCUGUGACUCCCAAAGCCCUGACUGCUGGACAGAACAAGUCUCACCCACCUCAUAUCCCUAGCCAUUUUCCUGAAUUCCCUGAUCCUCAUACCUACAUCAAAACACCGACGUAUCGUGAGCUCGUGUCAGACUACCAGGUCCUUCGGGAAAAAGCUGCAUCACAGAGGCGUGAUGUGGAACGGGCACUUACCCGUUUUAUGGCCAAGACAGGCGAGACACAGAGUCUUUUCAAAGAUGAUGUCAGCACAUUUCCAUUGAUUGCUGCACGACCAUUUACCAUUCCCUACCUGACAGCCCUUCUUCCAUCUGAAUUGGAGAUGCAGCAGAUGGAAGAGACUGAUUCUUCUGAACAGGAUGAACAGACAGACACAGAGAACCUUCCUCUCCACAUCAGUACGGAUGAAUCAGGUGCUGAGAAAGAGAAUGCCUCAGUUCUACAGCAGAAUACUUCCUUGUCAGGAAGCCGGACUGGGGAAGAAAAUCUUAUUGAUAAUCCUUAUCUCCGGCCUGUAAAGAAACCCAAGAUCCGUAGGAAGAAGUGAAUUAGAGGAGAAUGAAGGCAUUUCCUUCUGAGUUUGUCUUUUCUACUUCUUGAUAGGAGGGAAGAAAUGAAUUAUCCACCAUUAGGCUUAGGCCUAGAAAGAGUCUCUCUGAGCUUAGCAGACAUCUUCCUUAUUUCUUUCUUUCUUGCCCACUCUCAUCUUGAGGUGUCUUAGAAUGAAACUGUUUCAACUUUUUGAGAUUGGGUGAUAUUAAUGCCGCUAUGGGAUUAAACAUCCUCCAGUAGAAUUAUUUUUCUAGAAUGCAGUUGGCCAGAGAUCUCCCAUGGCUCUUUUGUACCAUCUAGUCUAGGACUUCUCUUCCAGAUCCUAUUCUGGGAUGAGAGAAGAAAAGAAGAAAAAUCUGAAUUGCAAAGGGAUGCACACACCCAUUUCCUUUCCUGCUUAAAGAUAAAAGAGAAGUCUAGGUGACCAAACUGGGAUCUGAUAUUUUGUUGGGUGUUUGUAGAGUAGAGAGUAUAGUAUUGUACUCGGUCUAUACUGUGGGAUACAGGGAGAUUUAAUGAUUUUAUUUUCUGUCAUGGGUUUUUAUUCCUAUUAAAACCUGGAAGAUAAGGGAUGGGGAGAGAGGUGAGAAAAAGAUUCAUUUCUUUUCACUCUUUAGGACCAGGGAUUCCAUUGGCCCAAUUUGCAUUUCUAGGCAGUCCAUUCCAGAUGACUCUCCUUGGCUUUCCAGCAGUUCUGACACUGGCCCCAGGAAAGAACCUCUUCCUCUGACCUACAAAGCCCUGAGAACAUGCCCAGGCUAAAGAGGAAGCUCAGUGACUUGUUUGUUGAAUUACUUUUCAGCUUCAAGCCAGGCAUACUCAGUGAGCCUUCAUUCCUUUCUCCAUAAGAGAAAGUAAAGUUUUGUUCCCUUCCCCUGGGAUCUCUAACCCCUGAACAGGAGGUAAAUACUUAAUGGUUACUGAGCUUCUGAGGAAGCUGUGAUUAGACUAUUCCAAGCUCUUCCUUUUCUGUUGACCAGAGAACAGGUUCUUAAAAGAAAAUUUUGUGUAAGUUAUUAUACAUACUCUUGGCUAGGCAUUGAGGGAUUUUUUUUUAAUGCCAAAUGAAGAAAACUACUGGCAGGUCUCCGAAAUGAAAGAGAAAUAAGGAAUUUCCUUUAAGGUAGUUUGCCAGAGUUCUGAAAUUGUUUUGGAAAGAUAAUCUGAUCCCAUUGUUAAUUUUAUUCUCCCCUUCCCCAAUAAAUAAAACUCCUGGGCCUGAUGGUACUGCCCAUGAACUUCCUGACCAGCUAUUUUGAUGGAGAGACUCUUUUCUUAAAGAAAGAGAACUGUUUGGAAUUGAAGAGAAGUCUGCCAAUGGGGAGGUUUGGGGGUAAAAAUUCACAGUCUGACCCCUAUUUUCCAGGGCUUCUCUAUAGUUAGCUAAAGUUGCAAUACCUCUUUCACUGAGAACACUUGAAACUAUUUUCACAGACCAGUAGGCCUAAGCUUUAUGACUCUUGGGUUAUUUUCAGUUUUUAGAUAUAUGUGGUAUGGUGAGUAUAUGAAAAGUACAUGUUUUGGAGGUGCGCAUUGUAGAAGAUGAUAGGACAGAAGCAUUUACAGCCCUGUUUUGUACCCAGCUGCUCCCACAAGCACCGGGGAGGUGAUCACUGUGGUGUAUACCCAGCCUCCCUAUUGUAUAUGCACAUCAAAGAUGCCAAAAAGCAUUUCUUGGGCACCUACUUGGAGGAGUCCUUGUUAAAUAGGGCUUUAUGUUUCUUUUGCCAAGAAACCUGAGCCAUUGUAACUGAAAUAAUAUAUUUUGAGAUUUCCUGAGUAAAAUGACUCCGCGUGAGAGAAUCUGGGAAUGGACCAUUCACAUAUCACUCCUGACAAAAGGCUUGUUCAUAUAUCAUGUUGAUCCUAACUCUUUGCUAUUGUGUAAAAAUCGUACAUACUCCCAGGCACUUAUUUACGAGUUUCUAUUUUUGAUAAUUUGGAUGAGGUUUUUUUGUUUGUUUUUUAAGGAAAAAUGUGGCCAAAGCCAAAUGAAAACUGUUACCUGUAUGUGUAUAAUAAAAUCUGUGAUAUAGCUAGA